CUUUCCUUCUAUCCGUUCUCUCUCUUUUCUAUACGUAUAGAUGUAUUGUGAUAUACAUAACUGUGCGUACGAAAAAAUAUUUCAUAUUUAUGCACAUUUAUGGCGUCUAAUAUUCUAAUUUUAAUGCAUGGAAAAUGAUUGGCACGAUCAGGAUCUUCUAUCAUGAAUCUGUAUUCAUUUAAUUGAGGUUUAGUAGAAUUGGAUUUUAAUUUGGACUGUGAUUGAAUUUGGACUCGUCAUUAUCAUUCAAUAUGGUUUACUUGUAAUGAGAUUUGUCUUCUUCUUCUUCUUUCAAUUGUCACAUUAUUCAUUACUCUUUUUGAUACGCCAAUUUAUUGCUAAUUUCAUACGGCAUCACAUUUUAAUAAUAUCUUUUUAUUAUUAGGUUUUUGCACUUUUGCUAAUAGAUUGUUUUAGUUCGCAAUUUAAAAAACUAUUAGUUUCAACUCUUCAAAAAAUAAAAAAACGAAACUAUAAGUUUCAAGGGGUCGGAGCUGUGUAUAUGGCCAGAGAUGAGACAGCUUUGCCUAAGAAAGAACCUUUUGUUCGAGUUCAUAAGGUUUUUGCCUAUUCCAUACCGGACCAUGAGGGGUGUUAGUCGAUGUCUUAGAAGAGUUUCACGUUGUUGCAGCAUCACCAACAUGUCAUCCCGUUUGCACAUUGAAUUGGUACCUUGCCUUAGAGACAACUAUGUAUAUAUAUUACACGACGAGGAUACUGGAACAGUUGGACUGGUUGAUCCUUCUGAAGCUGCACCUGUUAUAGAUGUGUUGGAUCGAAGAAAAUGGAAUUUGAAUUACAUACUGAACACUCAUCAUCAUCAUGAUCACACAGAUGGCAACAUGGAAUUAAAAGAAAGGUAUGGUGCAAAGGUCAUUGGAUCAAGUUUCGACAAGGAGAGUAUCCCUGGGAUUGAUAUUGCUUUGAAUGAUGGGGAUAAAUGGAUGUUUGCAAGCCAUGAAGUGCUCGUGACGGCAACUCCCGGUCAUACCAGAGGACAUAUUAGUUUCUACUUCCCUGGAUCAAAGUCAAUUUUCACAGGAGACACUUUGUUCAGCUUAUCAUGUGGCAAGCUCUUGCAGGGAACUUCUGAGCAGAUGUUUUCUUCCCUGAGUAAGAUUAGGUUGCUGCCUGAGGAUACAAAAAUAUAUUGUGGUCACGAAUAUACAUUGAGUAAUUCGAAGUUUGCACUAUCUAUAGAACCGGGAAAUGAAAAACUACAAUCUUAUGCUGCCCAUGUAGCACAUCUCAGAAACAAGGGAUUGCCAACGAUCCCUACGACGUUAAAGCAGGAGAAGUUGUGUAAUCCGUUCCUUCGCACUUCAAUUAGGGAGAUUCGACAGUCGCUAAAUAUUCCUGAAUCAGUUAGUGGCGAAGAAGCCUUGGACGCCAUCUGUCGAGCCAAGGACAACUUUUUGGUUCAGUAAGGAAUUGUUUAUUUGUUAUAUGGACAUAGAAGACAGUGAAGCACCUUGCUUGUCCUCAAGUGAAGACGACUUUUUUGGCAAUUUGGUAAUUUAUAUUAGUUAGGACUAGAUAGUAUUGAAAAAGAAGUUCAAAAUCUAUAUUGUAUUACCCAGUACAAUCUAAUAUUGUUUGCAAAACAUGCACUUCCGCCUUGUAAUACUUUAGCCUUAUUGUGUGGUGGUAGAAAAUAGAAGCUAAAAAUACGUAGUUGUAGUUUGAUUUUUAAA